AUGGUGGCGAGGAAAGGGGGUCGUUGCUCCACGGUCUAUCGUCACUUCUGUGACAAUUUGAACAAAAAGCCGUUCAGUUACUCGACUCUCACGACCCGAGUUCAGGCGAGACCAAGACGUGCCAGCAUGUAUGCCGUUCAACAUGCUGGAAACUUUAGAAACUGGCCUCCCAAAGUUAAGGAGACAUUAUAUUUGUCAAAUAUAAGGCCCAUUCUUGAGUACGCUUGUGUACUCUGGGACCCCCAGGCAUAUUAUCUUCGUGACGACCUUGAAAGGGCUCAAAACAGAGCAGCGAGUUUUGUGACCGGAAAUUAUGUUUAUACUGUAAGGUCGAGUAUCCUAAAAGACUGUCUUGGUUGGCAGCCGCUAAAAUGUCGAAGAUUCGCUUUAUCUUUCAAACUCUUUCAUAACAUUUAUAAUAACAAAACGGGCAUCAACAGGGGAUUGUUUCUUCAGCUACCUCACCUCAUAUCACGCACGUUAGAUCAUCAGAAUAAGGUUUACGAAUAUUCGUGCCGCACUAAUAUCUUUAAACAUUCUUUUUUUCCUCUUACCACUCAUCAAUGGAACUGUCUACUUGAGUCGCUUGUCAUAAUAUCAUCUAACAUUGUGUUUUAUUCAAGACUUAUUGAAGAUUGCUUGUACCUUAUCUCCUGCAGAUUUGUCAAAUGUGUUAAUAAUUGUAUAAAGCUUUCUAUUGUUAUUGUUCUUGCCACUAGAGAACUUUAUACAAUGCCCGACGCGUCACACUGA